CUAGGAUUCACCAGGGACAAAGACAAUGUAUCUUUGAACACAUGGAAGGCGGUAAACGCCACUGGUUGUCAAGCAACCUAUUGAACACAGGAUGGGAUUCAUAAUCCGGGCCGCCACGCUCGAGGACUGCAAGGACAUCUCGCGCAUGAUACUGGAACUGGCAGAGUAUGAGAAGGUUUCUGACCAGGUCAAGAUUACACAAAGAGAUCUGGAGCAGGAUGGAUUCUCUAAAAACCCUUUUUUCCAUGGAAUCAUUGCUGAAGUGCCAGAGGACCUUAAAUCCAAAGAGGGUCAUACCAAGGUUGGUUACGCUCUGUACUUCUACACAUACAGUUCAUGGAAAGGUCGGGCGGUGUACAUGGAGGAUCUGUAUGUGAUGCCAGAGUUCAGAGGGAAAGGCAUUGGCAAGGCUCUGAUGUCCAAAGUGUCCCAGCUUGGUCUGGCUGCUGGUUGCACCCAGCUGAAUUUCACUGUACUGGACUGGAACAAAUCAUCUCUUGACUUCUACCUAAAGCAGGGCUGCUGGGAUGUGACCUCUGACCUCGGCUAUCACUGCAUGCGCUGUGAAGGCGUUGCCCUUGAACACUUGGCCCAGGGGGACCUUUAAAUUUUGAAGCACAUAGAUUUCCCUGUCAAACCCUGAACCAGAGCCACAAGUAACAAGUUGUUUGAUAAACACAGGAAGACAGUAAACUGACAGUUAAAUGGAAAAACUGAACAAGUAACCAUGCUCAAUACAUUUUCUAAAAGAAACGCAACCUUAUGAGACGAUAUUGGUGUGCAAUAUUAAUGAUAACAACAGACAGAAAAUGUUGCUUAGUUAUGUUGUCUCAGAAAGUACAUUUGAUUCAUUCUACGUAAUUAAAUUGUGAAGUCUGACCUAACCAAAGAUUCAUAAGUGCACUGUGAAUCGCAUAUAUUUUGGGCAUAUUAUGACAUAAUCAUUUUCCUACUAGUGGAAAGAGUGGAAGUGAAAUUGUUACAGUUAGUGCUGAACCAUCAUUUGUAUUUAGAAUUUAGAACAGUUCUGUUUAAAAAGCCAUUUUAUUUUUUGUUACGUGUCAUUUUAUUUUUACAUUUGAAAAUCUGUUUGAACAUCUACUUGGUCUCACUCACAAAUCAGUUUUAUCUGAAAUUAUGCACAAGUAAUGUUCUUAAAACUAUGUUGUAAUGUAUAAAGAACUGACUGGUACACAAGAGACUUCCUCGAUUCUGGAAGAUGAAGAUGUGUCUGAGCCACAUACUUUCCUCGACUAACUUUUGGUAACUGUUACCAGCCAUAAGAGAGAAUAAGCUCACUGCGAAAAAUGCACUACAGAUGUUUAUAAGCUAAAUCCUAUAUACUAUUGGUGAGUGAAACCAUGAUUGGAUUUAGCUUUUCUAAAUUGUUUACUUUGCCUUGUACAUGAUAUUUUGGGCAUUUUGCAUUGUGGAUUAUUUGUGUACAAUUUUUAGCAACCAGAUAUUUUAUCUGAAUUGCCAAAAGGUCAUUGACAAAAAAGUCUUGUGCUGUUACUGAAUACAUAAUAAUUGUGAACAACAUACAUCCCAUAAGUACCUCAUUUGGUAAAAAAAAAAAUGUAGUAGCACUUAAGAGAAGCUCUGUGUAGCCUCAUUGUGAAGAUGAUGGCAACGUUAUAUUGUUACAAGCUGCUGUAUCCAAUGUACUGUACAGUCUGUUCUAUUGGCCAUUGAUUAAAGCACAUUUGCCCAUGGUUUUGC